GGUUGAAGUUUCUUACAGCUCUGUGGGUUUAUCUAUAAUUAAAUGAUUCUCUUUUCAAGCUUAAAUUUUUAUAAUGAUGAUUGCUACAUUCCAAUUAUUUGAUUAAAUUGUUUGUUUUAGAACAGGUCUUUUAUUUUGUCCUCAGUCUAUUUCUCCCAUUACAUAUCAAUUAAAGAGAGUCUUCACUUGUGUUUCAUUAAAUUAUUAUACAAUGUCCACUGUAAUGAAAAUGGAAACAUGCCGGUCAAAUGAAAGUGCAAUAUAAGUGGAAACAUGCUGGUCUAUUGACUAUAUGUUGACCAUAUAGUAGAAAGCAAAAUUUGUUCUCAGCUGUAAUUAUUCUUCUAUGGGAACUUGCUUCUCAUAGAUCAAAUAAAAUUUCCGAAGACCCCAUAUAAUUUUGUACUAUUUGGUGCAUUUAAAGAGGAGAAAGAAAUGCUUUUUUUUUUCAAUUUGCCUAAAUUGCAUUUAAAAAUAUACCUUUCUUUUGCUUUCGGCACAGGCCAAUUUUUAGAGGCUGAAAUAUUAAAGAGUUGAUUACUUAAAUUUCGUUCUAAAAUCUUUUUCAUAUCACUUGCAAAUAGAGAAAAUAUAGCGCCCCCCCCAAAAAAACUUUAAUUUUUAAAGGCAUCUCGCACAAAUGAUUACAAUGUUUUUGUUUUAUUUAUCAUUCACUAUGAGAUCUGUAUAAAGUGAUAAACCAAUGAAUUAUUUUUAUAUGUAUAUGUUUCCAAUUAUUUGCCUACCGGUAUUUAUUAAAAAAUAAUGUUUGUGUUGUUAUUUGACAAUUGUUUCACAGAAUUACGUCGUCGGUUGACAUCUACCUAUACCCAUGGAUUAUCUCCAUCACCUUCACAACCUUGAAUUGCUAAGAGAGCUACCUUUGCCAAGACCACGUCGUGGGCUACGGGAUGCUAGAAAUCCAUCGGAAUCGUACGAGGAUGGGCCAUUUCAAGAUCGGUAUCGAAUGUCAAAAGAAACCGUCAUUUACAUCAUCAACAUGCUGGAAGCCGAAUUGAAGAGGGACACACAGAGGAAUGAUCCACUUCCCGUUUAUUUGCAGGUGUUGACGGCUCUCCGUUUUCAUGCAGUGGGAUCAUUUCAAAAGAUGCAUGGUGAUGAGGCAGCAAUAUCACAGUCAUCAAUGUGUCGAAUCAUCAAAGAUGUGUCAGAAGCUAUAGCAAGAAGGAAAAGGCAAUACAUGAAGUUUCCUUCGACAAGAGAAGAAGUUGAAGCAACUCAGCGACAGUUCUUCCAGUACUGCAGAUUUCCAGGAGUGAUAGGUGCAAUUGAUGGGACACAUGUCUACAUCAGGAGCCCUGGUGGGGAUCAGGCAAUAUACUUCCUCAACAGGAAGAAUAGAUACUCGAUCAAUGUUCAGGUUAGAUUAAUUAUACCCUUUCUUAGGCCCUUUUCACAAUUAGUGCUGAGACUGCUUGCAACCUUUGUGAUUGUGUGCGACAUAUAUUGUGAUCAAAUGAUUGCAAUUGCUAAUACAAGCAAAUGUGAAAGCCACUUAAAUUACUAUAACUAGAACAAUGUACUAUUU